UGUGUUAGAUACAAACAUCAAACAUGGAGGAUAUUUCUUUUCCUUCCAUAUAGAAAAAAGAUUUUGGUUUCAUUGCACGUUAAAGUGCUCUUAAGUUGUAUAUUAAUUACUUUUAUUUAUUUUUAUGGUGUUUAAAUAAAAUAAGUAAUUAAUUUUAAGGUACAAAUAUGUCUGACUCAGAGAGCAGUAAUUAUUCUGACAAUGAAAGCGAACGUGGAGCAGCUGCUAGUGGUAGUGAACCCGAAGACAAUAGAUCAGCAAGAUCCGGUAGAGGUAGUGGAAGAUCCGCUUCAAGAAGCAGAAGCAGAUCACGUUCAAAAUCACGCAGCCGUUCACGUUCUCGUUCAGGCUCCGGUUCGGAGGGAGCUAGAGACGAUGAGGCCGAAGAGGCGAAUUCAGGUGAGGAUGAAAAUGUCGAGCCGGAGGAAGAACCGGAAGGAGAAGACUUGGACAGUGAAGAGUAUGAAGAUGAAGAAGAUGACAGGCCACGAAAGAAGAAGAAGAAGGAUAGAUUCUGUGGAUUCAUUGAUGACGAAGCUGAGGUGGAUGAUGACGUUGAAGACGACGAAGAAUGGGAAGAAGGAGCUCAGGAAAUAGGAAUCGUUGGGAAUGAGGUUGAUGAGCUGGGACCAACGGCUCGGGAAAUCGAAGGACGUAGACGUGGUACCAAUCUUUGGGAAUCUCAGCGGGAAGAUGAAAUUGAAGAGUAUUUACGCAAAAAGUAUGCUGAUGAGUCUGUAGCUCACAAACAUUUCGGAGAUGGAGGUGAAGAGAUGAGUGAUGAAAUUACUCAGCAGACUCUUUUACCCGGUGUCAAAGAUCCUAACUUGUGGAUGAUUAAAUGUCGUAUUGGAGAAGAAAAAGCAACUGUACUUCUUUUGAUGCGUAAAUUUUUGACGUAUCUUAACACUGAAAGUCCACUGCAAAUAAAAUCAGUUGUUGCGCCCGAAGGAGUCAAAGGUUACAUUUAUAUCGAAGCUUACAAACAACCACACGUUAAAGCAGCUAUUGAAAGCGUGGGUAAUCUCAGACAUGGUAUUUGGAAGCAACAGAUGGUACCAAUAAAAGAAAUGACUGAUGUGUUGAGAGUUGUUAAAGAACAAACUGGUUUGAGAGCUAAACAAUGGGUAAGAUUGAAGCGUGGUAUCAAUAAAGACGAUAUUGCGCAAGUUGAUUACGUUGACCUAGCUCAAAAUCAAGUUUACUUGAAAUUAUUACCCAGAAUAGACUAUACUAGACCACGUGGAGCGUUAAGAACCGCUCAAGCUGAAAUAGACGCUAAACGCAAAAAGAAAAGACGACCACCUGCAAAACCAUUUGACCCAGAGGCUAUUCGAGCUAUUGGUGGAGAAGUAACUAGUGACGGAGACUUUUUAAUUUUUGAGGGUAAUCGUUACAGUCGCAAGGGAUUUUUGUAUAAAAAUUAUAAUACAAAUGCUAUUAUUGUCGAGGGAGUUAAACCAACAUUAUCAGAGUUGGAACGUUUUGAAGAAGCGCCGGAGGGUAUUGAUAUUGAAUUGAGUGGAACUCCGACUACUGGUAAUGGACGAGAGGAUUCAUCAGUAGCCCAUUCGUUCAGUAACGGAGACAAUGUUGAAGUUUGUGAGGGUGAAUUGAUGAAUCUCCAAGGUAAAAUCGUCUCUAUCGACGGAAAUAUAAUAAUGGUAUUACCCAAACAUGAAGAAUUAAAAGAACCUCUUGAAUUCCAAGCCAAUGAGUUGAGGAAGUAUUUUACAAUGGGCGAUCAUGUAAAAGUUGUUGCAGGAAGAUAUGAAGGAGAUACUGGUUUAAUUGUUAGAGUUGAACAGAAUCGAGUUGUCUUAUUUUCUGACUUAUCGAUGCACGAGCUAGAAGUUCUUCCCCGUGAUCUUCAGCUGUGCUCAGAUAUGGCUACUGGAGUCGACAGCUUAGGUCAAUUCCAAUGGGGUGAUCUAGUGCACUUAGAUGCCCAAACAGUGGGUGUUAUUGUGCGACUAGAACGUGAAAACUUCCAUGUUUUGUCUAUGCACGGUAAAGUUGUAGAAGCAAGACCCCAAGGACUGACCAAGUGCCGAGAGAAUCGUAAUCCUGUGGCUUUAGAUUCUCAACAGAAUACAAUUCAGAAAAAAGACAUUGUUAAGGUAGUUGAUGGACCACACGCUGGACGUGAUGGUGAAAUAAAACAUUUGUAUCGUAGCUUUGCAUUUUUACAUUCUCGUAUGUACGUAGACAAUGGUGGAAUAUUCGUUUGCAAAACACGGCAUCUACAAUUAGCUGGUGGUAACAAAACAAUUACAUCAAUAUCACCGAGCUCUGGUUUUAUGUCACCGCGAAUUGCUUCACCAAUGCACCCAAGCGGUGGCGGAUUUGGAAGAGGAGGUGGAGGUGGUGGACGUGGCCGUGGACGCGGUGGUGGCGCUCGUCGUGAUCGAGAAUUAAUUGGUACAACAAUUAAAAUCACCGGAGGUCCGUACAAAGGAAAUGUUGGAAUCGUUAAAGAUGCAACAGAGACUACAGCUCGUGUUGAGCUGCAUUCAACAUGCCAAACUAUAUCUGUCGAUAGAUCACAUAUUGCCAAUGUUGGAGUGCCAAACAAGGACGGUGGUUUCAGCUCCUACAGCAGAACACCAGCCUACGGAGCUGGCGGUCAGACACCAAUGUACGCUCGCGAUGGUGCCAAGACACCAAUGCACGGCUCUCAAACUCCGAUGUACGAAAAUGGAUCUCGUACUCCUCAUUUCGGUUCCAUGACGCCAUCGCACGAUGGAUCUCGCACACCUGGACAGUCCGGAGCCUGGGAUCCUACGGUUACUAAUACUCCGGCUCGGAACAAUGACUUUGAUAACUACAGUAUGGAGGAAGGUGGAUCUCCAGGCUAUGCUCCGGGAUAUCCGUCUACUGGGGGUCCAUUCACACCUCAGACACCCGGGACUAUGUACGGAUCGGAGCAAAGUUACAGUCCUUAUCAACCGAGUCCUAGUCCAGCUGCUAGUGCUACUGCUAGUCCUAGCCCCGCUGGAUAUGUCGCAACUCCUUCACCUUCAGGUACUGGAUACACUACAAGUCCUCAUGGAGCUUUUGCAACUCCUUCACCGAUGAGCUACAGUCCAAUGACUCCUGGUGUUGCUGGCAGUCCAUACAAUCCACAGACACCUGGGUCUGGGUUAGAUACUGGUGUUGGAUCAGCUAUGCUCAGUAAUUCUGAGUGGCAUACAGUUGACAUUGAAGUUCGAGUUAAAGACGCUCAUAGUGAUCCAGCUUUGGCUGGACAACAAGGAGUUAUCAGAGGAAUAUCGGGAGGAAUGUGUUCUGUAUUUCUACCCGCUGAAGAUCGCGUUGUCAACUUAAUUUGUGAUCAAUUGGAACCAGUUUUGCCGAGCCACGGUGACCGAGUAAAAGUAAUUUUAGGAGAAGAUCGUGAAAGUGUUGGAACUUUAUUGUCCAUCGACAACCAAGAAGGUGUUGUUAAAUUCAGCGGUGAUGAACUUAAAAUGUUGCAUCUAAGAUUUUUAUGUAAAAUGAAGGGAUAAAUUUUACAAACUUUUAAGCGACCUAGCACGUUGCUUGAUUAUUAUUUUUUUUUUUUUUCAUAACUAUUAUUAUAAAAAAUAUGUAAUGUCAUUAAGGAAAAAUAUAUUACAAGAUUAUAUAAUUAAAUGGAGAUGUUUAUGUAAGCGACCGGUGUAUUUCUAUUUUAGAAAUAUUGUUUUUAAAAUUCGCAAUUACUUACGUCAUUUAUUUUGAUAUUAUUAUGAGUUUAUCGGGUUUGUUUUUCUUAGUAACUAAUUUAAAUUAAUAAAAAAAUUAAUUGAAUUUAAAGUACUUGGUGGCGCUGACGUUAGUGAGUUGUUUUUUUCUUACAGCUGUUCAUAACCUUACUUAUCCAAAUAAACAGUUAUUUAUUUU